AUAAACCCCACCAAUGCAAAAAUGUAUACUUUCACGUGUAUAUAACAGACAAUUAGCUUUGUUGUUCAAUAUUCACAUAUCAACAAAAGCAUUCCAUCGUCAAUCUCUCCUCAGUUAAACACUAUUUGUUCUAAUAUAAGUUAAAGACAGUUUUGACUAAAAGAUUGGUUAAUGAUGGACGUUGAAUCGGUGAUGUGCGAGUGUUGUGGCUUAAGGGAAGAUUGUACACAACACUACAUUAGUAAAGUCAAAGCUAACUUCGCCGGGAAAUGGCUUUGUGGACUUUGCUCCGAGGUGGUUAGCGAUGAAGUCAGCCGAGAUCGGAAGCUGAUGACGGUGGAGGAAGCUCUUAACGCUCACUUGUCGUUCUGUGACAAGUUUAAAGCUAACCCGGCAGAACUCGUCGCCGAGGGCAUGAGACAGAUGCUACGCAGGAGGUCAUCAGGUGAGUUGUUGCCGGCCAAGUCCAAGAUGUUCGGAAGAUCUAAGUUCUAACACCACUUAGUUGUGUUACACAUCUUGUUCUCUCGGUACUCUCCUCUUUUAGUGAGUGUUUGCUAAUGUAUAAUAAAAUAAAAAUGUAAAUCACCAAUUUACCUACAACCUCUUCUAGCUUUGCAAAAAUCUCAUCUGAUUGCUUAUGCCUCUUGUCACCAGUGAGAAACUCGUUUAAGUCAA